CCACUUGUCCCUCGCCGCGCUCCGUCCGCCGUCCCUGCCCAGCGAACCUGAUCCCAAGAUGGCGGCGCCCAGCAGAAGAAGGAAUGGCGGCGGCGGCGCCGUGAGCUUGUGGGCCGCCCUGCUCCUGGUGGCCGUGGCGCUGAGGCCGGCACGGGCGGUGUCUGAGCCCACGACGGUGGCCUUUGACGUGCGGCCCGGCGGCGUGGUGCACUCCUUCUCCCAGAAUGUGGGCCCUGGGGACAAAUAUACCUGUGUGUUCACCUACGCAUCUCAAGGAGGGACCAAUGAGAAGUGGCAGAUGAGUCUGGGGACCAGCGAAGACCACCAGCACUUGACCUGCACCAUCUGGAGGCCCCAGGGCAAGUCCUACCUGUACUUUACGCAGUUCAAGGCGGAGGUGCGGGGUGCUGAGAUCGAGUACGGCAUGGCCUACUCGAAAGCUGCUUUUGAAAGAGAGAGCGAUGUGCCCCUGAAAAACGAGGAAUUUGAAGUGACCAAAACAGCAGUGUCCCACAGGCCCGGGGCCUUCAAGGCUGAGCUGUCCAAGCUGGUGAUCGUGGCCAAGGCGACACGCAGUGAGCUGUGACCAGGAGCCCCUUUGAGGGCGGCUUUUCCUCAUCUCCGCUGAAGGAGCCGGGCCCCAUGAGGGCCCAGUACUUGUUUUCAGUGGGGGGUGGGGGCUGUUAAUCUUCUGCCCAGGCUGACGUUGCCCCGUUCAGAGGGCUUCGCAGGGCAGCUGAGGCCCCGGGGCAGAGUGCGGAGGGCCAGGACUCUCCUGGCUCCCACCUGUCCCUCCCCACGAGGAGUGUGGCUCUGAGACCCACUGCUCUUCUUACCAGAAGAGGCAUCAGGGCACAAGGUGGGGCUCACGGGUUUCACAGCUUUUCUGAAGGCAGCAGCGUCUCCCCUAGGAUCAGGCCGGGCUCCGGGACGCUCCUGGGGAGAGCCACCCUGCCGCUCUCUGACCCUCAGCCAGCUGCUUUCUUGUCAUCCCCCAGGGGACCAACUUUCAGACUCACUGGGCAGAAGUGAAAUGUUCUUUCAUAUUUAAAUAAAUAAGACAA